AUGCGCCGACUUUUCCAGUCGCCCUCGUCGCUCCCUCGCCAGCAGCGUCGCACGCCAAUCGCCAGCGGUCGUUCGUAUCGCGCAAGCCGUGCGACACGCUUCAACGCAUUCUUCUUCCUCCUAGUGCUUUCGCUCGGCGGCUCCCUGAUUCUGCUCUGGAGGCUGCAGCUCCAGCAGUGGUCGGUAACGGAAGACGGAAACCGUUUAGCGCUGUCGGAAAAAGUGACUGAGACGAACGUAAAUGCAGGGAAGGCAGGGCAAGCGGAGAAUAAGGGUUCUGGUAGCACCGGCAGCAGCGGCAGCAGUAGCAGCGCUAAUGGAGGAGACAGUAAUUUAAAUACGCCUUUAUUAGAUGCUGACGCGGAUGACGAUUACGAUGACGGGGAUUUCUUAUCUGUUGGAUCCACGGAUGCCACGUCAGCAGGAGUAGAGGAAGGAGCGGGAGCAGCAGGCAAACGAGCCGCGAAUGGCGGAGAGGAUGAGGAAUCUGCAGAUUCGAUUCGCAAGUACGAGAUCUGCAAGAGAUUGAUUCAAAGGCCGCCGCUUGUGUGCGCGCAUGGGGGCGAUUCUUCCUCCGCCCCUCCCAACUCGGUAAGCCGUUUCCCCUACCCUUUCCCCUUCCUCUCCCCCCUCUCUUUCCCUCUGUCCUUCGCCCAUUCUCCUCCCCUCCCUACCGCUUGUGUGCGCGCAGGGGGGCGAUUCUUCCUCCGCCCCUCCCAACUCGCGUUUGAGAGGGCGGUGGCGGCGGGGGCAGAUGCAGUGGAGGUGGACGCCUCAUUGACUGCUGAUGGGCAUUUGGUGGCACUGCACGAUAGGGAUGUUCAGUCUCUUCUCAACGACCCAUCGGCGCGGGUCCCCUCCCUGGUUUACUCUCAAAUACGCCAGCUUGACUUAUCGCCUUUGUGGCCCGCGACAUCCCCUCGCGACCCUGCAAUGGAGCAAAUUCCUGUUCUCACGCUGCAGCAGGCACUACAGGCUCUCAUUGGUAGAGUGAAGCACAUCGCUGUGGACGUCAAGAUUGCCACAUCAGCGAUCGCUGAGAACAGGCACAUGGCACAGCGGCUUUUGAACGUGUUUGAAAGGGUCGGUGGGUGUGCCGAGUGCCUUGUGUGGUCCAAGGAGGAUCAGUUCAUCCGCCACUUGUCGCGCAUCCAGCCGUCCAUCAGGGCAGACUGGGUACAUAAGAGCCUUGCUACGCUACAAACCGUCAACGAUGCCCAUAAGGGAGGCAAGGAGGUGCACGUAUGGACAGUGGAUGACAGGGCAGGAAUGAGGAGAGUCCUAGGGUUGCCUGUUGACGUCGUUGUUACCAACAACCCAGUGCUGCUUAGGAAGACAAUAAGCCGAUUCCAAAAGCAGUGUAAGCAUGCUGGCCUGGGUUGA